AACAACGGUCCCAAGAGAGCUAAGAAGCGCUUCGUGGAAACGCAGAAGCAGAAGCAGAAGCGGAAGCGGAGGGGAGCCAUGCUUCGCCCUCCCACUCUCGCCUCCUCCACCGAUCGCCUCCGACUCUUCUACCUCGCCCCCUCCCCGCGACCCCUCCCCUCGAAUCCCCUCUUCCGCCCCCUCCCCCGAAGAAACCCUAGUUUCGCUCCUCGAUUGCAUCUCAACGUUCGCCUCCGCUCUCCUCGCCCAUCGGCGUCGUCGCCUUCCACUUCUUCUUCUUCCGCGAAGCGGUUAGAGGAUUCGGAGGGCGCGGUCGGAGAGGCUGUCGCGGAGGAAGAGAGAAGCGUCGGAGAGGAGGAGGCGGCGGCGGGAUCGGCGGUGAAUGGGGCGGAGGAGAGUGGAUUGAGCGUCGGGAUCGGAAACCCUAGAGUUCCCGGGGGAUUGGGGAUCUUUCGGAUGAGCGUGAGCGAUCAGGCGUUCUUCCUCUUAGCGUUCAUCGCCGUCACGACCUCUCUAGCAUUCACCAGUCUAGUAGUGGCAGCCAUCCCCACACUUUUUGCUAUGAAAAGAGCAGCAAAGUCCCUUGCGAAGCUGGCUGAUAUUGCUCGGGAGGAGCUACCUAGUACCAUGGCGGCGAUAAGGCUCUCUGGAAUGGAAAUCAGUGAUCUCACUCUGGAACUGAGCGAUUUAAGCCAGGAGAUAGCAGACGGCGUCAGCAAAUCGGCACAAGCCGUGCAAGCUGCAGAAGCUGGAAUUCGACAGAUGGGUGCUAUGGCUCGGGAACAGACCAUCUCGAUGAUUCAGGAACGAGCGAACCUUCCAAGUAUCUCUAUAAAGCCGGUUGUUGCGGGAGCUGCCAGAACCACUUCUCGUGUUGUCGGGCAGGCUCGAAAGACUUUCAUGAAUCUUCUUUCCCGAGGGGAGGAAGGAAGCGUAUCUGAUGCUGUCGAAUCAUGACCGAUGUAACCUCAUAAUUCAAACCAAACAUGGUUUUGUUCUCCAAUCUCCUAUCUGAGGUUCCUGGAAUAGUAAUUCUAGAUGUGAUAUUUUUGAUCCCAUCAUUGUAAAUGACCAGCAAUUUGAAUUAAUAGCACUUCAUUUUACUGGUUUAACAAAUGAAAAGGCUAUGUUUCAUUCA